AUGAGGUUGCCAUGGAGCACUGGCGGCAGUCAUAGAACUGUGGCAUGCGUAAUACUAGUCGCAGAGAGACAACAAGAGUGUGUGAAGCAGCAGAAAAAUCGCCGGAGGGAGAAAACGAAGGUUACGCAACGCAUGCUGAACUGCGUGUCCAACUACGAACGCGGAGCCCUAUGGAAGAGAUGGAUCAAGACCGAACAUCACAAGGCGGCGCUCCCGAAGGGCAUAUACCUCCAUCUGGUUGCCUUCGACAUGCCGGAGUUCGACGCAGCGAUUAGGAACGAUAUCCACCGAACGUUCCCGCAGCAUGCCAUUUUCACGGACGCUAAAUACGCGCAAACUGCGUUGUUCAACGUGUUGAAGGCGUACGCCCUCUACAAUCCGGAUGUUGGUGGGCCUCAUGGAAAAACACGACAUCAAGAGCCUGUUCCUGCCGCAAAUGCCGCUCCUAGUGAGGUACUGCUCCGUGCUGGAUGGCUACGUCAAGCGCAAAAUGCACAAGCUGUACUGCCACAUGCGGGCACAGGAUGUGGACACCACGAUUAUCGCAACGCAGUGGUUCCUCACCCUGUUCACGUACAGCCUCUCCCUGGAAGCGGCAGCGCUGCUGUGGGACGUGAUACUCGCCAGGGAGGGCAACUGCAUACUGCCCAUCGCCAUCAUCAUACUAAAGCUGCUGGAGGUAGGCGCGCCGCAGAACACCGACGCCGCAACAACGUGCAGCACAAGCUACUCCAAGCGAACCAGGAUGAAAUACAACGCAUGAUGAAGGACCUCACGCCACACCUCUCGGCACGCGCAAUCAUACACGAACUCGACAAACACAAGUACGAGCACAGGGCUACGCAGCUUCUGAAAAAUUAUGGAGCCGUGUGA